AUGGUAGUAGCUGAUUACUACACUAAGUUCGUAGAAGCUUAUCCCAUACCUAAUGAGAAAGCAAGUACUGUGGCACCCAAACUAGUUGAAGAGUUUAUAUGUAGAUACGGGGUUCCAACUGACCAAGGAAGGAACUUUGAGUCACAGUUGUUUAAAGAAGUUUGCCAGAUCCUGGGAAUAAAGAAGACAAGGACGACGGCAUAUAACCCUAAAUCAGACGGUAUGAUUGAACGCUUCAACAGAACAUUGCUCGAUAUGCUUGUUACGCUAAUAGAGCCUGGAAAGAAUCAGCGAGAUUGGGACAAGUAUGUACACAUAGCUACAACGGCAUACAGAAGUUCAGUUCAUGAGACAUUAGGAGAAACGCCAAACAUGAUGAUGUUCGGAAGAGAACUGAAAAUGCUUUCAGAUCAGUACAUGAUCCAACCAGAUAUGGAAGUUGGAACAGACUACGUCGAGGAACUACGAGACAGGAUGGAUACAGUCUAUACAAGGAUUACUGAGCACAGUCAGAAGAAUCUCCGAAGACAGAAGAGAAACUACGACAAGAAGAUUACUGGAAGUAGUUACGAAGAAGGAAAUUUCGUUUGGUUACGAAAUAAUCAGAGACACAAAGGCAUCAGUCCCAAACUAAGUUACAGAUGGAAUGGCCCAUUCAAGAUUAAGACGAAGCUGUCUGAUGUGACAUACAGAAUCCAAAAGAGCCCUGGAACCAAGAUGAAGGUUGUACACUUUGACCGUUUGAAACCAUGUGAAGGAGACGAGCCUAAGGGAUGGAAGACAACUCAUACUAGACGGGAAGACGCUGGAAAUAAUGCCAGAGAGAUGGAGUCCAACUCUGAAGAGGUUGAUCAAGAUUCAACGCCUGACGUGACUGUAAAUAGAAGACAAGAAGAUACUCGACGCUAUCCACUGAGGAAUAGAAGACCCGCACAUUUCUUUUAUUAG